UGUUUCCUUUCCCCUCUCGUAUUCACAAAAAGGCAAACAAUGGUUCCUUUAUCCAAUUAUUAUUUUUAUUUCAAAAAGAUUCAGAGUCAAUUACUCCAUUGCAAUUACACCACACAGCGCAUGUUGCAGUUGUUGAAUUUCAGUUACGGCUAAACACCUUCUUCUUCUUCUUCUUCUUCUGCAGUUACGCCACUGCAAUUCAUUCCAAUUCCAAUACCAAAUAAUAAUCAUCAUCGGCACCAUUCCCAUUUUCCAUGGCAAACCCUAAAACCAAAAGUCACCAUUCCCUGGGCGGCGAGGACGAUCCCGACUCGACCGAAUCGCGGUGGGUCUUCCAGGAGGACGAGGAUCCCUCCGAGAUCGAGGACUUCGAUGCCGCAGAUUUGCGCCACCAGUCCAUGUUCGAUUCUGACGACGAGGACAAUGCCGAGCAGAGACUCGUUCGCACCGGUCCCCGAAUCGAUUCCUUCGACGUCGAAGCCCUUGAGGUUCCCGGCGCUCACAGAAACGACUACGAGGAUGUUAGUGUGGGAAAAGGAAUUUUGUUGGCUUUUCAAACUCUCGGUGUUGUCUUUGGCGAUGUUGGAACGAGUCCUUUGUAUACCUUCAGUGUUAUGUUUAGGAAGGCUCCUAUUAAGGGAAAUGAAGAUAUUCUUGGAGCCUUGUCGCUUGUUUUGUACACUUUAAUCUUGAUUCCGUUAGUGAAGUACGUCCUUGUUGUUCUGUGGGCCAACGACGAUGGGGAAGGUGGUACUUUUGCGUUGUACUCGUUGAUUUGUCGAAAUGCUAAGGUGAGUCUUCUUCCCAAUCAGUUGCGAUCGGAUGCCCGAAUAUCAAGCUUUAGGCUAAAGGUGCCGUCUCCUGAGCUUGAAAGGUCUUUAAAAAUCAAGGAGAGGCUAGAGACUUCAGUGACUCUGAAGAAGAUUCUACUAUUAUUUGUUCUUGCUGGUAUUUCCAUGGUGAUGGCUAACGGGGUUGUUACACCAGCAAUGUCAGUACUAUCAUCUCUUAAUGGUUUGAAAGUUGGGGUAGAUGCAAUUAAGCAAGAUGAAGUGGUGAUGAUUUCUGUUGCCUGCCUUGUCAUUUUGUUUAGUGUACAGAAGUAUGGAACAAGUAAAGUGGGGCUUGCUGUAGGACCUGCUUUGUUUAUAUGGUUUUGUUCUCUUGCGGGCAUUGGUAUAUUCAACCUUGUCAAAUAUGACAGCAGUGUUUUGAGGGCAUUUAAUCCUAUUCAUAUAUAUUAUUUCUUUGCAAGGAAUUCAACUAAAGCAUGGUAUUCUCUUGGGGGCUGUCUUCUUUGUGCAACUGGCUCUGAGGCUAUGUUUGCAGAUCUUUGCUAUUUCUCUGUACAAUCAGUUCAGCUUACAUUUGUAUUUCUUGUUUUACCAUGCCUACUGUUGGGUUAUUUGGGUCAAGCUGCAUACCUUAUGGAAAACCAUGCUGAUGCUGGUAAUGCCUUUUAUUCUUCUGUUCCAAGUGGUGCAUUCUGGCCAACUUUCCUCAUUGCUAACAUUGCUGCAUUAAUUGCAAGUCGGGCUAUGACAACAGCCACAUUUUCUUGUAUAAAACAGUCAGCUGCUCUUGGUUGUUUCCCUCGUCUUAAAAUAAUUCAUACCUCUCGGAAAUUCAUGGGCCAGAUCUAUAUCCCUGUCAUAAACUGGUUUCUCUUGGCUGUUUCUUUGGUGCUUGUCUGUUCUAUAUCCAGCAUUGAUGAGAUUGGAAAUGCAUAUGGCAUUGCUGAGCUGGGGGUGAUGAUGAUGACCACUAUUUUAGUAACUCUUGUUAUGCUUCUUAUAUGGCAGAUACACAUCAUUGUAGUGCUGAGUUUUGCUGUAGUCUUCCUGGGAUUGGAGUUGACUUUCUUUUCAUCAGUUCUGUGGAGUGUAACGGAUGGAAGUUGGAUUAUAUUGGUCUUUGCUGUAAUAAUGUUUUUUAUAAUGUUUGUAUGGAAUUAUGGGAGCAAGCUCAAGUAUGAAACUGAAGUAAAGCAAAAGCUGUCAAUGGAUUUGAUGCGAGAAUUAGGCUGCAAUCUUGGGACAAUACGAGCUCCUGGGAUUGGUUUGCUCUAUAAUGAGUUGGUCAAAGGAAUUCCAGGCAUUUUUGGGCAUUUUCUAACCACACUUCCAGCAGUACACUCUAUGAUCAUAUUUGUGAGUAUUAAGUAUGUUCCAGUCCCUAUGGUGCCUCAAAGUGAAAGGUUCCUUUUUAGGCGAGUUUGCCAGAGAAGCUAUCAUAUAUUUCGCUGUAUUGCCAGGUAUGGUUACAAAGAUGUUCGCAAAGAAAAUCACCAAACUUUUGAGCAACUGCUGAUGGAGAGCUUAGAGAAGUUUAUACGUCGUGAGGCUCAGGAAAGGUCGCUCGAGAGUGAAGGGGAUGAUGAUACUGAUUCUGAGGAUGAGUACUCUGGUUCUAGGGUUCUCAUAGCUCCCAAUGGGAGUGUUUAUUCACUUGGUGUUCCUCUUCUGGCUGAUUUUAAUGAUACAACCAUACCCAUACCCAAUUUUGAAGCAAGCACAUCUGAGGAAGCAAACCCUGAAUCUCCUAAGCCCCCAGUGCUUGAUGCUGAGCAGAGUCUCGAAAGAGAGCUAUCUUUUAUACGCAAGGCUAAAGAAUCUGGAGUUGUUUAUCUUCUUGGUCACGGGGAUAUAAGAGCAAGAAAAGACUCAUGGUUUAUCAAGAAGCUAAUUAUAAACUAUUUUUAUGCCUUUCUGAGAAAGAACUGCCGAAGUGGGAUCACAAAUUUAAGUGUACCCCAUUCACAUAUGAUGCAGGUUGGCAUGACCUACAUGGUUUGA